AUGAAUACUUCAACAUCAUCGACAGGCUCAGGUGGAGGCUCAGGCAUCAACUCAAGUUCAAACAAUGUCAUGCUGACACCAACUAAGAAGAGUGCAAUAACAUCAUCACUAUCCAGUAUCAAUACAAACUCAUCGGAUUCAAUCGAAGUUGAUUCAUUCAACUUCCCUGCAAGUGAAUGGGUUGCACGUGUGAUGCAUCAGCAUCCAGAUGUAUUGGAACUACGAGAACGCAUUCGUCCUAUAAACAACGUAAAGUCAUACUCAAGAAGCAGGACAUGUGCCAAGACAGAGGCAUCACAUGUGAUCACCGACGAAGUGUUGCUUAAGUUGAUCAUGCAAUACCUCCACGAGGAGAACAUGACAACAUCACUCAAAAAGAUACAGGAGGAGUGUAAUAUAAAGUUUGUACCAAACGAGAUUGAGAAUGAGGCAUUACCAACAUUAUUACGCAUUGGUAUAAAGGAUGCGAAUAACUUGUUUGGACCAUUGGAAUCACCUUGGGAGAUUGACCCCGAGGUAGAGGCGUAUCACGCCUACGUCUCGGACCAGGACGGCGACAGCCACGAGGACGACAACAGGAAUAUAUGGGAGGAUGUCAAUGAUAACUCAAAGGUCAAGAUGCUAAAGAAUGCCGACAACAAUACAGUGCAAGCUGCUACGCUUAACAUGCUGAUCUGGUGGCUGACAAACAACCCAAAUGCCACCGACGCCAACGAGUUCAAGAAGAUCUUCUUCCUGACCUAUCCGUCGUUCACGACGGCCGAGACCAUCAUGAGCAAGGUGAUCCAGAUUUACAACGCGCCGUCGCGCGAGAUCAGUGACAAGCUGCUCGUCGUCAACUUCUUCUGGUACUGGAUCGAGCAGCACCCGCAGGACUUUAACGACAAGCUGCUGUCCAUUCUCAACAACUUUAUCGACAACCAGAUGGGCAAGGACGGCCUGACCAGCUGGGCCAAGAAGCUCAGGACGUCGAUUGCCAAGACCGAGAGCGGCCUGAUCAAGAAGAAGGACAACUCGGGCCGCGAGCCACUCGAGCCCAAGGUGCCCAAGAACAUCUUCUCGCCGACGCUCACCUUUGACGACAUUGACGAGGAGGAGAUAGCCAGACAGCUCUGUCUGAUCGACUUCCAGAUGUAUGAAAACAUCAAGUCGUCCGAGUUCCUGAUCAAAGGUUGGACCAAGCCACAAUUCAGAUCAAAGGCCAUCAACCUACUCACAAUGAUGAAGCGAUUCAAUGACUUUACAAAAUGGGUAGCGUCCAGUCUACUCAACGAGCAACUGAUCAAAGGCAAGUCCAAACUAUUGGCCAAGUUCCUAAAGAUAUCAGAGCAUCUAAGAGCAAUGAACAACUUCCAUUCAUUGAUGGCUAUAUAUGGAGGCAUUAACAAUACGACAGUUUGGAGGACCAAGGCAGUUCGAAAGGAUUUGAGUAAACAGCAACAAGAGACAUACUUGGAACUUGAGAAGUUAUUCCAUAGCGAGAACAAUUACAAAGCAUAUCGUGUAGCAUAUAAGGAUGGCAAGCCACAUUGUAUACCAUUCCUGGGCAUUCAUCUUAGAGACUUGGCAUUUGUGGACGAAGGAUCGGCUGAUAAGAUCGAUCACAUGAUCAAUUUGAACAAGCGAAGAAUUAUGUAUAGAGUGAUAACUAAUACGAUGAAGUAUCAAACGGUCACUUAUAACUUCCUCAAGGUUCAUCAGAUCGCAUUGUUCUUGACCGAUCUCAAGAUAGACAACUUUGAGCCGGUCAAGAGUCUGGACCUUGGCUCACACGACACUGUUCUCCCAAGCAAGUGA